UGUGGGUUGCAACAUUGAUCGAUGGCUUUGUAAACAAUUGAGGAAAAUAAAUGAUAUGAUGGAGAGAGAAUGAAAAGAUGUUUUAGAGUAAUUUCGAGAUUAUUGUAAUUUUUGAGAAAAUACUUUGGAAGAAUUUUUUAAUUAAGUGGUUGGAGUAGAUGGAAGUGACUGUUAUGUCGGAGUGGAAGAGUUAUCGAUCUUCUGAGCGAGAUGCAAUCGUGCAGUGGGAUUGAUAAGUUGGGGGAACCCUCUGUCACAUCUAGCGAUCCGAAUGAACGUAAAUUAGCGAGGAGGAUUAGAAUUCAGAGGAGUUUGGAAGCACAGAAAAAGAGGCAUGAUCCAACGGAGGAUGAGGCGAUCGUUGAGAAAACCGAGACUGAAAAGCAAAUUGAUGCGAGUGAAGAAUUGCUACAGAAGUUGAUAACUGAGGGCAAUGAAAUAAUUUCGAAUGUAAGAGUAGCUAAUGACGCUCGAGAAGUCGCUCGCAGAGAAGACGAGAUCGCCACACGAAACACUCUACUGGAAGGCCUAGAGAAAGAAGCUGCUGAUUCGUUGGAGAAAUACGAGGAGAUAAAUUCCAAAUGGACUCCAAUUCUAGCUUCCAAGGAUCCUCUAGACAUUCACGGAGGCAUUCAAUCUCAAACGGCCAAAUGUAACGAAGUCUUGGCUCAAAAGGACAUUAUAAUAUCCGAAUUAAAACAAGAACUGGAAAAUGCUGAUUUGAAAUUUGAGAACGAUCAGAAGAAGCAGAAUGAUGAUAUUAAUUUGCUGAUUGAGAGGAUUGAAAUGCAGAUAACUAUAAUGUCCAAAGCAUACAGACGCGAGCUAGUGCUGAUAGAAGAUGCCCUGAAGAGUGAAAGAACCUCUCUUCUCGAGACAAUCACAAAAAAAUGGGACGCCUUAUACAAAAAGCGCCAAGAGAACGAAAUUGACGGAUUGGAGCGGAGAAAGCAAAUAAUGCGUGAAUACGACAGAGAAAUGGAGAGUGUGUUAAUCGACCAUCAAGAGCAGUACAGAGCGCAAAAAAUAUGGCUCGAGACGGAGUGCCAAAAGCUCCAGCAGGAGGUUCAGAACAUGCAGGCACUUUGCAUGAUGAAUAUUGAAAAAUUAAAUUACAGUUAUGCUGUGCUGAAACGGCGGGAGGGCGAGAACACGAUUGUGAAGAAUCAGCAGAAAAAGAGGAUCAAUAAACUUCACGAUGUCAUAAACGGUUUGAAGAAGACUUACGCGGAUUUGGAGGAGAGCACGAGAAUGAAGAUUGAAAAGCUGCAGGAGCAAGUGUUGAAGGCGCAUAAAAAUAUUCAAGAGUUGGAGUCCAAGUCUCGGCAUUUCAGCUUUGUCAAUGACAGACAAUUCAUGCAAAUUUGGGAGAUGAAUACUAAAACCGCGGAUGGGCUGCUUGAUAAGAUUUUGGCUGCUGAUCAGAUAAUUUACGAACAAAUGCUGGGACUGGAUUGGGAACCACCGGAAGAAAAAUUAUUGAAGAAGGAAGACCUACCGUCUUAUUGUAGAGCUAUGGAAGUCAUCGAGCAAAAUGCAGCAGAUCACGAGCAAAUAAUGAAACUAUGUUCCCCCGAGAAGCGAAGCAUCUCUCCCGAGCGUAAACUUCAGGAACAAAAAAUAUUGAAUCACAUAAUGAGACAAAUUUCCGAUCAAACUGGUUUCUUGAUCGAAGACAAAAUGAGAGAGCUUCUCUCGACUCACUCGGAUAAUGAUCAAAUAGUCAUUCGGUUGGAUAACGUGUUCCAGGCGCUAAGUAUAGGAUCAGAGGAUCAAGUGGACUUGCUAGUGAACUUCUUCUUGCCCUACGCAUACUGUCCAGUCUGUGACGAGGCAGAAAGACAACGAAGGCUCCAGGAGCAGAUGCCCCCCGAGGCUCCAGAGGACAGGAACAUCUGUCUCUGCAACGAGGACGAAAAAUCUGUUCGCCUCAUCACACGAGUCCUGAAACACUUGUACGACCCAGAUCCCGAAGAGGAGGAAAUGUCAACCCCCGAGUCCACCCCAACGCGAUCAGAGUUGUCAACAGGCAGUGAAGGCUCACCUGAAUCCGAAGUUGCGUCAAGCUCUCAAGGGGAAAAACUCACGUGUGCCGAAGGACAUUUACUCCAGAUCCACUCCGAAAACGUCAUAAAAGCCCUCCGGGAAUUCGUGGAGAAGUAUCACGAGGCGAAACGCGCUGAAGCCCUCUGGAAUGAUGGAAAAUUAUCCCAGAGCAUAACUCCCUCAAGAAGCAUCACAGCCCAAGACAUGACUGAUUACUGGAGAAAAUACAGGGAAAUAUUCUCCAGAAACAAGGAAAAACUGUGGGAUGCUCUUCUGAUCGGAUUGCACAAGUAUCACGAGAUACUGAAGGAGAGACACAAAUUGAGACACGAGACUGAUUCCCUUCGUCAGCAGAAUGACGAGUUGAGGAGACUGCUGGAUACGUACAAAGUGAAGUCUGACACUUGCUGCAUACCAAGCACUCGAUCGAGAUCUGCGAAUAGAAUAUCCUGAGUAAAACUCCAAUCAACUAUUCUCGAAAUAACAUCGAUUUUCCGCAGAUCUUUGCUUAAAUUCAUCUGUUGCACAUGAAUUUAAUGUCUAUGGAUUGACCCUAGAAGCAAUUGAAUCAGGAGAUUUUAUUUCUCAUGCAUUAUUACAUAAGUAAUACUGUGAAUUCGAAGAAAAAACAGAGACAGGAGAAAACAAUUUGAGGUGAAUCCAGGUGGGAUGAAGUGUUCGUGGAACAUCUACCUACUAAUUAUACACAUAUCCACCAGACACAAAGCUGUUGGAUAGAUGCAUCUGAGCUGCUCCAUUUCUGUUUGGCUUUAUUUUUCUCUUGUACGGAGUGAAACGUCUCCUCUUCGCCUUCAGUGGACCUGAACGACUCAUUUUUUGUGUGUGUUUCUUGGAGGCAAUGUGCUGAAACAAAAAACAAAUGGGAAAUUCCUUUUUUUU